UUAAUGUAAACAAACCUCUUGAAACAACGACUAACAAAUCGUAUUUUCUAAUAUCGCUUGCAGUUAUGGGCGUGGGAGAGGAUGCUGCCUUUUCAGCCCGUACCUAGGCAUCACCUCGAGAUUGACAUGCCUUAUGCGAGGAGGUGGAUAGUGGGUUUUGACCGGUAUGUGGAUACGCACCACAGUAUUCUUCCAUUCUGGGACCAGCUUGAUCACAUGACAGACGAUGCGGUAAAACUAUUUAACUUUACAUUAUUAAUUUAAUUAAACGUCUUUUCUACUUGGUGAUCACUAAUUUGUAUUUAUAUGUUAUGCAGCUAUUUAUAUGGAUGCCGUACGCUGCUAUAUUGGAUGGUUUGCCGGCCUUUUGCAGGGCAGGUCAGGGGGUUUGGAGGUCGCGGUGUCCAUUGAUACACCUGGACAUCAUAGAGGACCACAUGCCCGAGCGUGUCUUACGACAGUUUGGGCAUACACAGGGUAUACCCCCUCACGUCCGUCAUGAGCUCCGACACUACUAGCGGGAUGAUCGGGCUGCCGUUGAUAAUGAUUUUCUGGCUUUCAUGGCUAUCCAGCUCUACUGUUGGGAGAACAAGUUUGACACUUUAGCGGUGGUCGGCCAUUUGACUCCCAUUGAGGAUUACAUGCGCUGGUAUCAUCAGAUCACACGCCGAUUGAUCGGCAACCCAGCUUUGCAUCCCGCUAGGGAUGUAGGAUACUCAGCACUCGCGGGGCAGUACGAGACAUUGCUGGUGGUCGUACAACGAUUACGCAUGUUGGGGUUAGAGCAUAUGCCUUACCUUGGGCUUGCGGGGCUUGCGUCGAAGAUGGUACGGAUACCCAAGGAUGGUAUCCGACAGGCAGGAGAGAUUAGGCGCAUGGAGGAGCCUGUUCCAGAGGCUGAGUAUCAGCCAGCGCCAGGAGGAGGACCGAGUGCUCCCAGAGGAGGAGGCCGACACCAUCUGGUAGAUGAGGCAGAUGAGGCCGAUCCCAUUCUAGAGGACGUUCCCGAUCUAGUCCAUCCGCAGCCGUUCCAGGCCGGUGGCAGCUCACCUGGGGACUCACCUACGUUUACGCCGGCGCUCCUACUUGCUAAGAUACCUGGGUCUUCAUCACAGCCGAGCCAGAAUGCAUACAUGGAGGAGCGUGAUAACGUCGAUUGGGCGGCGUUACGCGCUUUAUUAGCUGAUGAGCGGCCUGUGAGGAAUUUAGAGAGAGCCAGGAUUCUUGACUUCGAUGAGUUUUUGAUCCCGGAUUCGGCGCCAGCGGGUCCAGCAGAGCCACCUACUCAGGCGUUUUCUCAUGGGCCUGCCGAGCCAACGGUGUCUUCCCAUGUGACUGUCGAGCCACAUGAUUCGACGCCAGUGGGUCCACAGGAGCGACCCAUUCAGGAGCCUUCUCAUCAGCCUGCCAAGGCAGAGGUGUCUUCUCAUGAGACUACUGAGGCGCAGCAUCUCAUCCAGAAGACUAUCUCAUAUUCUGCACCAAACCCGUCUCAGGAGCCUACAGACCCAUCUCAGGAGCCUACUUAG